UCCGUCUCUUUUCCUUUCUUCUUCCCAAUGCCCAUCUCUUUCCUCCACCGCUUCUCUCUAGAUCCGCCGCACUGUCGCUCCGCCGCCAAAUGGACGGCGCUAUUAGCGCUAACCGCCGCCGUGGCCUCCUUUGCUCCGGAGUUCAUUUUCACAAAUGCAACGUCUCCCCAUUCCUCGUUCUCUAAAUCUUGCCGUCGCGAUGGCUACAUCAGGAUCCCGCUUGACCUUCCCGGCGAUGUUCUCUGCCUGCCGGCGAAAAUGGUGAAUCGGUCCAGUUUGGAUUUCUUCGUUCCUACUGUGUUUGCGGCUCUCGGCGUCGGCGUUUCGGCUUGCUUCGUUAGAUCACUGGGAUUGUGGGAAGAAUUCUGAGAUUUUUCGAUUGCAAUUCGUGGGGAUUUGUUUCUGUUUUCGGAUAAAAUUGAAAAUUUCGGAGAUGAAACAAGAUAUAUGAAAGGGUUUAUGCG